AUGGCUGACGAAACCGCAGAAGUGGCGCCAACCGCGCAGGCCGAUAUUCCACAAGUAACCUUCAAAAAACGCUCAGCCAAGGCAAAAUCAAGCUCUCGCAAAAGAGUGCCGACUCCGCCGCCAGCAUCUGAUUCCGAUUCUGACUUCACUUCCUCGGAUGAUGACGAAGGCCGGCGAAUCAAGAGACGUCGGAAAAACGCAGUCGUAACGGCAUCGUCAGCCUCGAACAAGACCCAUUCCAAACUCGAUGACGCUCCAGAGUAUGCUGCCGCUGCUCCUUUAAUCACGUCAAACGAUGCUACCAAACAAACCAAUUGGUACGACGAACAAGAGAAUGGCGAAUUGAGCGCUAAAAACCUACUUGGAAAUACACGAGCUAAACCCGGGGCUCCGUCAUUAGAUGGGACGUACAAGGGCGCGACAACCUACCAGUCUUUUGUUCAAAAGAAUCCCAAUUCGACAUCGAAGCAGUUUGGUCCGAUGAAAGCGGCAACAAAUAUUCGCACAGUCACCUUUACAGAUAUGGCGCCGGACGUAUGUACUGAUUACAAAAAAACGGGAUUUUGCGGUUUCGGAGACUCGUGCAAGUUCGCGCAUCUUCGCGAGAACUACCGGCAUGGCUGGGAGCUUGAUCGGGAUUGGGAAAUUGAUACAAAGGGAAAGAAGCUCGCGGGGCGCACCGUAGCGUCUCAGUCGAAACGAGGGAAUCAGGCCAAUGAUGAGGAGGAUGAGGAUGAUAAGAUGCUUGAGAACAUUCCUUUUGCUUGCAUUAUCUGCGAAAAGCCAUAUAAGAACCCCAUCGUCACCAAGUGCGGCCACUAUUUUUGCGAGAGCUGCGCUCUUCAGCGAUAUCGCAAGAAUCCUUCAUGUGCUGCUUGUGGCGCAGGAACUGGGGGUGUUUUCAAUGUGGCAAAGAAAUUAAACCACCUUCUAGAAAAGAAACGCGAGAGAGCUAAAAGGAGGCGAGAACAGGCCAUUGAGAAUGGGGAGGAAGUGGAUGGCGAGGAGGAUGCAGAGGCUACUACAGUCGCGUCUUAG